AUGGCAGACACAAAAUUUCAAUUCUCAGAAUGGCCUCCUGUGCUGGCAGACAGCCAACUAGAAGAAUUGCAUCUGCAGGCGUCGACCUAUGCACUGUCUCAUGGUCUGCUGUAUCUCCCGGUGCAGCCCUCACUGCUUCCGACGCGUCUCUUCGAUUUUGCGCAGAGAAUCCAGUCGACAUAUAAUGUCUUGUACUCUCGUAUCGCCAUGGAUGAGAACUUUUUAGAUCAAGUUAUGGGAACCGAAUAUGGAGUUGGAAAAGUGGAUACAUUUACUGGUCAGCUUUGGUCUGGAUGGAAGGAAAUUAGGGAUAAAGACGGUGUAGUACAGCCCUUGCACCUAGGCCUGUUUCGAUCGGAUUAUCUUUUACACACCUCGGAUUCAGACGGGUUGGCUCUGAGGCAAGUCGAAUUCAACACGAUAUCGUCGUCGUUUGGGACUUUAUCUGAACAAGUCGCCAAUCUACACCGUUAUCUUUAUUCAUUAACAGGUUACUUCAAUGCUUCUUCACGGUUGAAAGUAGAGAAUUUCCCUUCAAAUCAGACCACUGCCGGUCUGGCUGAGGGCCUGGCGGUCGCGCAUGCAGCGUAUAAUAUUCCUGACUCACAAAUCCUCUUCGUCGUUCAGUCAGGCGAGCGAAACGUCUUUGACCAAAGAUGGCUCGAAUACGAACUGCUAGAAAAGCAUUCAAUUCACGUCAUCCGCCAAACCUUUGACGAGCUAGCAUCGUCAGCCUCAGUUGACCCGUCAACGUCUGCUUUGCUCGUCUCUUCCAUUGAGAUUUCGACCGUGUACUUCCGCGCAGGCUAUACCCCAACAGAUUACCCAACUCGGUCACAUUACGAGACCCGCUUCCUCCUCGAAUGUUCCAAAGCAAUCAACUGCCCUUCUAUCCCACUGCAGCUCGCAGGUGGAAAGAAGGUGCAACAAGUGCUCGCACAGCCAGGCAUAUUGGAACGCUUCCUUGGCGAAGACUUCACAACAGAGCAGCUCGAAGAGUUGCGUACAAGCUGGAUGGGAAUGUGGGGUCUUGACGAGCCAGAUGGGGUACAGAGGGCCAGGGAGAGAUCGGCGGGGUUGGUAUUGAAGCCUCAACGAGAAGGCGGCGGUAACAACGUCUACAAGGAGUCUAUUCCGCCCUUUUUGGAUACCCUGUCUGCGGAGGAAAGUCAAGCAUGGAUAGCUAUGGAGUUGAUUGUGCCACCAGACGGCUUGAAGAGCCACUUGGUACGAGCUGAAUUGGCGGGAAGCGUGAAGACGGAGGUAGUCAGCGAACUGGGGAUCUUUGGAUGGUCCUUAUUUGGGAGCAAGAAGGUUGUAGAAGAGAAGCAGGUCGGAUGGUUGGUCAGGACCAAAGGGAAAGAUAGCGAUGAGGGAGGUGUUGCGACGGGAUUUUCGGUUUUGGAUUCAAUGUUUCUGGUGGAUGAUUAAGGUCUUGCUGAGGUUGCUACUAUCCUAGAAAUAGAGAAUAUAACCUCCGCCGCGUAGUUCAUUGAUACGGACUGUGCCUUGAAAUUUCAACGGUCACAUCUACAAAAGUUACAAUGGACCUAUCGACCAGUUUAUUUUCUUCACCUUGACGAAUAUCGUAG